CCCUCACCCAAUAUGCCUGCCUCCCACGGUGCCAUAAUUUUUGUGGCUGGUGUGAUUCCCAAAUUGUUCUCCAGAACGGAAGUUUCCACCCUGGCCAAUUACAGAGCGACAAUGUGCCAUAUGAUUAAAGGGCAGUGACUUCCACAUUCUGCUGUACAUAUUUGCCUCUUCUACUCCUGAGGAGUCCCAAAGAGGCAAGAUGGAAGGAAAGAACGGUUCUGGCAGCUCUAAUCCAGAAAAUCAUGUUUUCAGUUUGUGUGCUUUGGAAAGGGAGUUGAGUAUGAAGAUGGCACUGUCUGGAGUUGAAAAGAGAGGUGAACGUCUCCAUUCCUCCUCCUCCUCCUCCGUCAAGUUUGACGGAUUUUUUUUUGUUCAAGCAAAGAGACAAACAUUCCUUGUAUUCCAGAGCAGUUCCGUUUUCAAAGAGGCAUAACCCUAAUCCAGCGUCACUUAAGAGGUCAGCUACGGUUGUCCAAGCUUUGCCAAUCAAUGGCCAGAUUCAGCUGUAACUACCGGGGACAACCAUGGCGCCAGAACACCAGAGCCUGGCAACUGGAUGCAGUGCGUUCGAUUUCCCAGCCUGGCUGAAGAACAAAUGAGCCAGCUCAGAAGCCAGGAAACAGUUACAGAAUCGCUCGGGACACAAAGAAGACCCAAGCGGCUCAUGGCAUCCUCCUCUGCUUCCCUGCAUCCCAGCCAAACACCCCCACAAACCAUCUGCAUCGCCCUCGCAGAGGUCCCGCCGUACAAAGUCCCCAUUGUGUUCUGCAUGCAAGUAAUACCUAUGUAUAUUUCAGCAGACGUAAUGUACUGUGCUGUCAGGAGCUCAGUCUUUUUCAAAGAGCCAAGAUCAGACCCAGUCCCUGGUCACAAAACAGGAGGAAGUGAUGCCCAGUCAAAGCCCGACUGCUUGUCAGGAUUACAAGUCUGUGGAUCUUGCAGGAUGAAGAGCCAGUACGGUCACGCCUUCACCUGAGACCCACUAGAUCAGGGGAGAGAUGGGCGCCAGGGCAGAAGCCAGAAGACAGGGUCAAAAGGCUUGGAUAGAGAAGACCUUUUCCAAGAGAGAGUGCAUCUGCAUCAUCGCUCACCACAAAGAUCCUAGCAGGUGCUGCUGCGGCCAGCUUAUCACUCAACACCUCCCCAUCCCUCCAAGUGUAACUGCGAGCAAGAAUGAAGAUGAAACUGCCAAGCAAGUGGAUGUUCAGCCGGAGAAAUGGACCGCCAGUAAACACACCCAGGCACUCCCGACUGAUUCCUAUGGAAAUCUUGAGUUCCAAGGCGGAGGGCACACCAAUAAGGCCAUGUACAUCCGAGUGUCCUACGACACGAAGCCGGACGCCCUGCUCCACCUGAUGGUGAAAGAGUGGCAGUUGGAGCUGCCAAAGCUUUUGAUCUCCGUCCAUGGGGGGCUGCAGAACUUUGAGCUGCAACCCAAACUGAAGCAAGUCUUUGGAAAAGGGCUCAUCAAGGCGGCCAUGACGACAGGAGCUUGGAUCUUCACUGGAGGGGUCAGUACCGGGGUCAUCCGGCAUGUCGGAGAUGCCUUGAAAGAUCAUUCUUCAAAGUCCAGAGGACGGAUCUGUGCCAUAGGAAUUGCUCCGUGGGGCAUUGUGGAAAACAAGGAGGAUCUGAUUGGGAAAGAUGUGACAAGAGUGUAUCAAACCAUGUCAAACCCACUAAGCAAACUCUCUGUGCUCAACAGUUCCCAUACACACUUCAUCCUCGCCGACAAUGGCACCCUAGGCAAAUAUGGGGCGGAAGUGAAACUCAGGCGCCAACUGGAGAAACACAUCUCACUCCAGAAGAUCAACACCCGCCUGGGGCAGGGCGUUCCCGUGGUUGGACUCAUAGUCGAAGGUGGUCCCAAUGUGAUUUCAAUUGUCUUGGAAUGCCUCCGUGAAGAUCCCCCACUUCCUGUUGUGAUCUGUGAUGGCAGCGGCCGGGCAUCAGACAUUCUAUCAUUUGCUCACAAGUACUCGGAAGAAGGAGGGAUCAUAAGCGAGUCUCUCAGGGACCAGCUCCUUGUCACCAUUCAGAAGACCUUCAGCUACAGUCGGAACCAAGCCCAUCAGUUGUUUGUUAUCCUCAUGGAAUGUAUGAAGAAGAAAGAACUUAUCACUGUCUUCCGCAUGGGAUCUGAGGGGCAACAAGACAUUGAGAUGUCCAUCUUGACAGCUCUCCUUAAAGGUACCAACGCUUCUGCGCCAGAUCAGCUGAGCCUGGCCUUAGCCUGGAACCGAGUGGAUAUCGCACGCAGCCAGAUAUUUGUCUUUGGACACCACUGGCCGCCCUUGGGGAGCCUGGCAGCUGCCGACGGGGCCGGCCCAGAAAAGGAGAAGAAGUCCCCGGUGCCUCAGACAAAAGGAGCCAGAGGGAAAGGGAAAGGGAAGAAGAAAGGGGGAAAGCAGAAAGAAGAACCCGAAGAGGAAACGGAUCCGAGGAAACUUGAGCUGCUGAACUGGGUGAAUUCCCUGGAGCAAGCCAUGCUGGACGCCCUGGUGCUCGACCGGGUGGAUUUCGUCAAGCUCCUGAUCGAAAACGGAGUCAGCAUGCAGCGCUUCCUCACCAUCCCGCGGCUGGAAGAGCUUUACAACACCAGAUUGGGCCCACCAAACACCCUCCAUCUGCUUGUCAGGGAUGUCAAAAAGGGAAAUUUGCCCCCUGAUUACCACAUCAGCCUCAUCGACAUUGGCCUGGUGCUAGAAUAUCUCAUGGGAGGGGCCUAUCGCUGCAACUAUACACGGAAGAGCUUUCGGACGUUGUACAACAAUUUAUUUGGACCAAAGAGGCCUAAAGCUCUUAAGCUUCUAGGGAUGGAGGACGAUGAACCCCCAACGAAAGGGAAGAAGAAGAAGAAGAAAAAGGAGGAAGAGAUUGAUAUCGACGUGGACGACCCGGAGGUCAGCCGCUUCCAGUACCCCUUCCAUGAGCUCAUGGUCUGGGCGGUGCUGAUGAAGCGGCAAAAGAUGGCCCUCUUCCUAUGGCAGCGAGGGGAGGAAUCCAUGGCCAAGGCCCUGGUGGCCUGCAAGCUCUAUAAGGCGAUGGCCCACGAGUCGUCGGAGAGCGAGCUGGUGGAUGACAUCUCCCAAGACCUGGACAACAACUCCAAGGACUUUGGCCAGCUGGCGGUGGAACUUCUGGACCAGUCCUACAAGCACGACGAGCAGGUGGCCAUGAAGCUCUUGACCUACGAGCUGAAAAACUGGAGCAACUCCACUUGCCUGAAACUGGCCGUGGCAGCAAAGCACCGGGACUUCAUUGCGCACACGUGCAGCCAGAUGUUGCUGACCGACAUGUGGAUGGGCCGGCUGCGGAUGCGGAAGAACCCGGGCCUGAAGGUUAUAAUGGGGAUCCUCUUCCCGCCCACCAUCUUAUUUCUGGAGUUCCGCACCCAUGACGACUAUUCCUACCAAACGUCAAAGGAGAACGAAGAUGGCAAAGAAAAUGCGGAGGACAAUGCGGACGCAAAUGUCGACACCGGUUCCCGAAAGGGAGAUGAAGAAGAUGGAAACAAAAAGCAACGGAGCCUCCCUAUUGGAACCAAGAUCUACGAAUUCUAUAACGCACCGAAUGUAAAGUUCUGGUUUUACACAAUCUCCUACCUGGGCUACUUGAUGAUGUUCAACUACAUAAUCUUGGUCCGGAUGGAGCGUUGGCCCUCAGCCCAAGAAUGGAUUGUCAUCUCCUACAUCGUGACUCUGGCUUUAGAGAAAGUGAGAGAGAUUUUGAUGUCAGAGCCUGGUAAACUGAGUCAGAAAAUAAAAGUGUGGCUGCAAGAAUAUUGGAACAUCACCGACCUGGUUGCCAUUUCCGUGUUCCUGAUCGGGGCCAUGCUUCGCUUGCAAAACCAGCCCUAUAUGGGGUACGGGAGAGUGAUCUACUGCGUGGACAUAAUUUUCUGGUACAUCCGAGUACUAGACAUCUUCGGUGUGAACAAGUACCUGGGACCUUAUGUCAUGAUGAUUGGAAAGAUGAUGAUCGAUAUGCUGUAUUUUGUGGUGAUCAUGCUGGUGGUCCUGAUGAGUUUCGGAGUCGCCCGCCAAGCCAUCCUGCACCCUGACGAAGAGCCGUCUUGGCGGCUGGCCCGCAACAUCUUCUACAUGCCCUACUGGAUGAUCUACGGAGAGGUGUUCGCAGACCAGAUAGACCGUAAGAGCAGAGUCCAUACUCCUUGUGGGGAUAACCUUUAUGAUGAGGAUGGCAAGCGGCUCCCUCCCUGCAUCCCCGGUGCCUGGCUGACUCCCGCCAUCAUGGCUUGCUACCUCUUGGUAGCCAACAUCCUGCUGGUCAACCUGCUGAUUGCUGUCUUCAACAACACCUUCUUUGAAGUGAAGUCCAUCUCCAACCAGGUCUGGAAGUUCCAGCGGUAUCAGCUGAUCAUGACCUUUCACGACAGGCCGGUGCUUCCUCCCCCCAUGAUCAUCUUCAGCCACCUUUACAUCAUCAUCAUUCGCCUCUGCUGCCGCUGCAGGAAGCAAAGAGAAGGAGAGCAAGACGAGCGCGACCGAGGGCUAAAGCUCUUUCUAAAUGAUGAAGAGCUGAAAAAAUUGUACGAAUUUGAGGAACAAUGCGUUGACGAAUAUUUUCGGGAAAAAGAGGAUGAAGAACAAUCAUCAAACGACGAACGUAUCAGAGUGACUUCUGAAAGAGUUGAAAACAUGGCGAUGAGAUUAGAAGAAGUGAACGAAAGAGAACAUUUCAUGAAAGCCUCUCUCCAGACAGUCGACCUUCGCCUUUCUCAGCUGGAAGAGCUCUCUGGCCGAAUGGCGAAUGCCCUGGAGAAACUGGCGGGGAUCGACAAAGCCGAGCUGACUCACACCCGCUCCCGGGCGUCCUCCGAAUGCGAGGCGGCUUACCUCCUCAGGCAGAGCAGCGUGAACAGUUCGGACGGCUACGGCCUGUACCGCUACCAGGGAGACGAGCUCCCCUACGACGACGUGCCCCCCAUGUCGCCGGCCUUGGCCCUGCGCAAAGCAGAUUCGAAGUCACAGCUCUCUCCAGAACGCCAGGGAAGCGUCCGCUCUUCCUCGGGUUCAAACCCAGUGGGCUCCGCAGAGCACAGCAGAAACACCUUGGAUGUGGUGACGAACAUCUCUAGGCCCUUCACUGGCUCGGGAGACCCGCAGGAACAGGGCAAGAGCGAGGAGACGUCCCAGACCCUCCGUCAGAUAGACAGCAUGCCGAACGAGCCCUCCGAAAGCAGGCCAGGGUUUCAGAAUGCUCAUUUAGCAAUGGAAAGGACCAAACUGGAAGCCACCAUCUCCUAUCCCUUGGACAAACCGAGAGCCAUGAGAUACUAUCCCUCAGAAACCUUCAAUGCCUGCCAGGCGACCAUGAUGAAGUCUAGGAGUUACAUCUUUGCACAAGGAGGGAAGGUGGUUGGAGGCGUGAACAACUGGGCCCUCAUGGACCAGGAAUACAGGACCAUCAUGGACCAAGUGUGCCCUUCGACCAUCGAGCAGUGGACUGCCGAGUGGAAGUACGAGGUCCAGCAGAGGCUGGCCAGCGAGCCCCCUCCCGAAUACCCUGGGAUUGUGUCCGAGGCCGAGGUGCAGGCAGAGCGGAAGCAGCUCCUGACCGACACGGAAGACGACAGCGACAUUGGGGAUGCUGUGGGUCUCAGUGCCUCCCAUCCUUCUUCACCUGUUACAAAAAGGAUGGAUGGAGACCACCAGCUGCUCAUCAACUCCGACGACAGGACUUACGGGUUUCCAUCGGUUCGUUCAAAGAGUUUACAUAGCCAUUCUCGGAAAGCCAAGUCUGUCAAAGACAAGCUGAACAGACCAGGACACGCCAGCAGCGCGAGCAGCCUCACCGUGGCCUGCAAGACUGGAACGGCAGAGCAGAAAAAUGCCUCCACAGAAACGGAGUGCUAAAAUGGCCUUUCUCAUCAGUGGACAGGGAGACAAGCGGGGCUGCCUAGUUAAGCCAGAACACGGCUGAACGAAGGCACGCCAAGGUUGAAUUGGUGUCUGCUUGUUUGCUGCAGGUUCCUUUGGAGACACAUUCGGGUCCUGUUCUCCCUGGUUCAGGUGAAAGGACGAAGGGCUCUCUCAGAAGGGAUGCCACGGAAGGGCGUGGGCAAUGGUGUCCUGUGGAAUCUUUCACCCGUUGGGCCAUCAGAUGCUGAUGUCCGCAGUGGGCCAGGGGGCAGGUUGCCGGCAGGUUCCAUUCCUAAAUAACAGUGGCUUUUAAAAUCUGAAACAACUGCAGGUCAUGACAAUUCUGUUCACCCUUGGGUACUUAGAAAGGACCGUCCUUCCGCAAAGCGCUAGUGGGUCGCUGACUUCUCUUGACCUCCCAGCACCCUGUCCCGUGCCGUCCCCUUUCCAGCUGCAGGAAAACGCGGUAGAAUCAAACCACCCAGAAGGGAGUUUAAAGCACGCACGCCAAAGGGUCACGCUCACCAGAUCUUCCUUUUGCAAAAGCAGAGCUGGCAAAAGUCACUCUUUUUGGAUCACAACACCUGGAAAAC